UUGCAUCGUUUCCCCGCCCCCACUUCAACCCCCCGUUGAACGUAUCGGUGAACUAAGACACCUGCUCUCUCUCCCCUCAGUCUUGACAUUCUUAACUCGUUUUUAACCACCGAGAAUGGACGACUUCGACAUGCUGAGCGCACCGGCCGCCGGUAACGGCAGCGGCUCCGGGUCUGAGGAGGACCCCGCCGCCGCUUUCCUGGCCCAGCAGGAGAGUGACAUAGCGGGCAUCGAGAACGACGAGGGCUUCAGCAUCCUGGACGGCGGAGAGGUGCCCUCGUCCCUUUCAGACGUCCCCGAUGGUGCGGUCAACGGGGAACUCCACGCGGAGAGCAACGGCCCAUCUGACUCCUACGCAGCCAUCUCCAGCGCAGACCGCCUGCAGGCGGAGCCAGAGAGCCUCCGCAAGUGGAGGGAGGAGCAGAGCGACCGGCUGGAGGUCCUAGAUGAUAACUCGCGUGAGCAGGAGUCUGCAUGGAAGGACAAGGCUAAGCAGGAGCUGGAGGAGUGGAACAACCGGCAGAACGAAGCCCUGGAGAAGACCAAGGUCAACAACAGGGCCGCUGAGGAGGCCAUGAUCACGGACCUGGACGAGAACAACCCCGGCACGGAGUGGGAGCGCGUGGCCAGGCUCUGCGACUUCAACCCCAAGUCCAGCAAGCAGGCCAAGGACGUGUCCCGCAUGCGCUCGGUCCUCAUCUCCCUCAAGCAGGCCCCGCUGGUCCGCUAGGAGCCCGGUGCGCUCCGAGGGGCCGCCACCUACUCCCUCCAACAGUAAA